AUGGAUACCUUCGCUGUCUGCCGCAGUGCAGAAAUCCCACCAGAUGUGCGCUCGUUCCUCACCAUUGACAUUUCAAUUGCAGUUGCUAAUAAAAGGGAUCUCGAUACCAAACAGUUGAUCGACAGCUUCCUCGGUGUUGCCUAUGCCGAGUCGGAGGAUCUGGCCCCGGGCGUUGGGCCGCGCCUUGUCAUGAUGGCAAGCGGGAAAGCCACCGCCGACGACGGCCUGGACACGGUACUAGCGGCUCCGGCGGUGUCAGGCCACGCUGCCGAACUGCCGCCCUCACCCUUCAUCGGCAUGUCUGUCUCCGAGGUGGCGGAGCGGCUGGGUAGCCCCAUAAAUAGGCUCUUUGUCGUGAUAGACUCGCGAUCUGCCGAGGACGAAACGGUGCUUCUGGCCACGACCAUGGGUUUGGAGAGCGAUGACAGGUCGGAGGGCGGCAUUGCCCGAGAGGGCCGAGACAGCCGGGACGAUCAUGAGGAUGAUUGCGCGGUGCGGACGGUGCGCGUCACCUUUGCGUCGAGCCAAAGUGUCCUUAUCGCGCUGGACAUGGCAACGAUGGGGUUUGAAGAGGUGCAGUCCAUUGCGGCGGAGUCUCCCCAGGGAGUGUACGGCCCCGAGAGGAGGGUUGAUGAUGAUGGUGAUUAUGAACCGCACAAGGGCCAGGACGCGCCGCGGAUGGUCCUGGGGGAGCAGUGA